CCACUGAGAGGACUCCGAUUUGUGGAUUACUGGAUGGAGAUGUCUGACUCAGUCAAACCUCUGACCUCAUUCCUCAUAGAUGACAUACUCUCCAUGAAGGACAGUGCAAGGCUCAAUGCUAAAUGCUGCUCACAGAAGAUGGAAAGAUGGAAAGAAGGAUCUGAGAAGUUGUCAGAGCAACUUUGCCCACAGGAGACAGCAUUUGAUGUGCAGACAGAACCUCUGGACACAUCCUGUCCCAGCACCAAAGAAUCCAGUAGCUUCUCCUCCACUGGGAAACAGAAGCGCUCCAGAGCUGCGUUUACACACCUCCAAGUGCUCGAACUGGAGAAGAAAUUUAACUACCAGAAAUACCUGUCAGCCCCAGAGAGGGCUCACCUGGCCAGCACCUUAAGACUAACUGAGACCCAGGUGAAAAUCUGGUUUCAGAACCGGAGGUACAAGACGAAACGAAAGCAGCAAACAUCAGAGUGCAAAGCUGAAGGACUGGGCCUGAGAGAAGACCUGGUCCGGUCAUCACUAAUGACCUCUUUCUGCAAAGCUUACCAGUACAGACCCUACCUGUGGGACUACAGUGGCCCUUGGGGGCCAACAUUAUGGUGAAACUGAAAUGAUGUGUGAAGCUAUGAUUUGUAAUCAUAAACUUAUGUUUGGUAUCCCUGAUAUUUAGGCUCUAUGUUCACUGCCAGAGUUGAUUCUUUGCUUUUUUCAUGUUGAUUUUGAACCCAUGUGUUACAUUAACCAGUGUACCAUCUGAAAUGAUUUUGUUCAUACACACAUCCUGUAUUUUACUUUAAGAAAACAGAUGUUAUACAAUAUCAUACAUCUUGUGGUUAUGGACACAAUGUGGGUUUGCACAAUGAAGCAUUU